GAGGCAGUCACAGUUUGCAAUCAUGUCGUUGUUCAACGUGUGCAGCUGGUGGUCAGUGCAAUGUGGCGACAUCGCAGGCGAAUAUGAUGUGGCCAGUUUGUUGUGUGCUCGUUUUGGUCUCGAGGCACAGGAGAAGGAUUAUAUCGUAGUUGGCUCACAGUCCGGACAGCUGAGCAUUUACUAUCCGCAUGCCAAUGGAUUUGAUGCCACAGACCUGCUGCUGGAGACGCAACUGGCAGCUCCCAUCAUAGGACUCCAUGCGGGAAAGUUUAGCGGCAAUGUGCGCAACGAGAAUGUGAAUCAACUGGGCGUGCUUCUGCCCAAUGCCAUUGUCAUCUACAAUGUACAGGCGCUGAGUGGAUUGGCCGAAUAUGGCGCCCAGUUAAAGUUGCAACUGCAGGCGGAGCACAAGUUUCAGCGUGUCGCCUUCUCCAUGUGCCAGGGCCACUUUGGUCAAGUGAAGGGUCGGGAGUUCUUUUGUGUGGUGCAUUUGGAUGGCACACUGACGUUCUAUGAGCAGGAUGGCAUUAGUUACGAGUGCCGCUUUCCCGGACAGCGCUGUCUGCCCGCUCCGGUGGUUUAUUGCCAGCGCACCGAUAGCUUUUUCCGAUUAAAUGCCACCUGGCAUCUGCAGUGCUAUACGUAUCAGGAUCUAUCCCACUCGCUGGUCACCAAGAGCAGCUAUCAGCCCAUCUGGUCGCAGGGCAUUGGCGAGGGCAUCCUUGAUAUGCGUGUUGUGCAGCUGAAAGAAAGCUGCUCCUACAUUAUGAUUCUGGGCGAGCGCAAUUUCAUCUGCUUGGAUGACAAUGGCAAGUUCAAUUUUAUACUCAAGCUUGACUAUGCGCCCAAGUGCUUCUUCAGCUUUGUGGUGGGCUAUUAUUUUGAGCCAGGUGCCCGUUUGAUAACGGCCAUUGUUUCUGAUGCCGGAAAGCUGCAUAUAUACGAAGAGGCGAACAUUAUUUGGGCAGCUCAGUGGCAGGAGUCGGCGCCUGUUGCCAUACAGCGUUCCAAUGUCCAGAAUAUAGCUGGGAGCAUUGUCACCCUAACGGCCACUGGACAACUGAAUGUGGGCUAUUUGGGUGCACAGCCAUAUCAGUUUCAGGUAAAUCCACUAAACGUUGAGGAGCUGAGCUUUGCCCAGGCGCAUAAGCAACUGCAGCAGCUGGAGGAUGAGAUCAAGGAGUCUGUCGAUAUACGCGACAUGGACGCCCUCAAUCAGCAAGCCGUGGAUCAGGUGCGUUUGAGCUUCAGCAUACAGCAGGAGAUAUUCGAUGAUUUGGACACAUUGCUGCUCGAUGUACCCGCCGAUGUGGCGGUCAAGGAGCUGCCUUCGGCCAAAGGCCAGUUAAAGAUCAAAGUCAAAGCGGAGCUGGCGGAACUGCAGUUGGUUAUACAAACGCCAAAUGGUGUACGCUGCAGCCAGGAGACGCUCAGCCUUAUGAAUGUGGCACCGGGCAAUACACGGGAUAUAUCGCUGGACUUUUACAUGGGGGAACUGCUGCAUGUGCACAGCACACGUGUCGAGGUGUUUGCUUCAUUUGUCAGUCCACGGGGCAUUCCGCGUGUCAUCCAGCAAAGCGCCUAUCUGCCGUUGUCUAUGUUCUAUCGCAGCUGCUCACCUCAGAAGGCGGCGGGCAUUAAGUUGACUUACAGCAUCACCAGCAAACAUGUGCCGCCCAAGCUUGCCACCUUUUUUGCUGAGUUCCUAGAGGGGGAGAGCGAGGCGCAUGCAUUGGGCCUGCAGCUGCUCUGUCCAGGUCUGGAUAAGUUAACGGAGGUCAUUACUGUAGUGGCUGCAAAGAAUUCAAAUCGCCUACGAAUUCAAUCGGACUAUGUGGAAACUUUUGCUAUGGUCCUGGAGCGCAUUGUGGAGACCACCUUGCGCUUGGAUGGCGAUGCGGGUCUGCUCAAAAUGGACAAGAAGAAGCCCAAACGGGGCGUACUCAAUCGUUGUGUGGAACGCAUCAUGGCUGCUCCUUUUAUGCCCACUCAGCCCAUUCUUCAUCGCGUCGAUGUGCACCACGAGACACAGGAAAACAUACGCCAGCAAACGGAACAAUUAGAGGCGCUAUGGCAACAAUUCAAAACACUACAACGUGAACUACAGGAGCAAUCGGAGAGCGAGCCCAAAGAGGCACUCACCAUGCAAAUAGAGGCGAACUAUGACCACCUAAUACUGGAAGGCGAUAAACUGGUUGAAAUACGACGCGACGAGCAAAGGCAGCGUAGCGACCUCAACUGCGCUAUUUCAUUGGCCAAAUGGAUAAUUCAGGCACUGAACCUGGAGGAGCGAGUGGUGAAUGUUGUUAGCUCUGUGCUCAGUGUGCCUGUGGAGGACUGGACAGAAUUGAGCUGGGAAGAAUCGAUGGCGCCUGGCAUUGAUAUGCUGCAUCAUUUUGGACCGCUUAUGCGUUCCAAGUCGACGUCAACGCAUGGCCUGCUCGAUGGGAAUAGCGGCAGGGACAGCUUCGACUACGGUCGCUUUAGACGCCACUUUGUGACGCUCUUCGAUCGCAUCGUCCGUUUAGCGUCAUCUUCAACUGAUGAACAGAAAACUAAGCAAACGCAAAUGGCAAAUGCAGAUCAACCACAAGUGGUGCAGGAUGAGAUUGGCAACAUGCAGCGCAUGCUGGGGGAUUCAUCGGUUGCCCGUGCUGGAAAACCUCAUUUGAGCAGCUCAUUGGAGGCCGUUGAGGACGAGGAGGAGUACGAUGAGGAGGAUUUGCGCGAUAUGGGCUAUCGGAAGGAUUACGGCCCGGCAGCAGCCACGGCUGAUACCAAAGAUACGCAACAGCAGCAGCAGCAGCAGUCGCAAAGACAAGGUAAACGUUCCGAGUGGGUCAAUGAAGAAUUUGAGCUGCCAACCACUGAGGAGCUGUUCAGCGAUUUGGGCAUUUGGUGGUAACACCUUCAUAUAAUCCUAUCUUAUUCUUGUAGUUGAAUACAUGUGAAAACUGUCA